AUGCAAGUCGACAUAAAUGGCUCAAGUUUGUCAGAGAAAUCACUGAAUGGUUCGAAACUGAAAGAUGCCCAUUGUUAUGUUGGUUUUGCUAAUUUUCCUAAUCAAGUAUUUCGACGGGCUAUCAAAAAUGGCUUUGAGUUUACGCUGAUGGUCAUUGGUUGCUCCGGUCUUGGUAAAUCCACUUUUAUCAAUUCCUUGUUUUGUACGGAAGUUAACGAUCCGGAUACUGAAAAACGACGCAUUUCACCAACAGUUCAAAUUGAAGAGAAAGUCGUACGUUUAAUGGAGAAUGGUGUAACUUUGAACCUUACACUGGUGGAUUGUCCAGGUUUUGGUGAUGCGGUAGAUAACAGCAAAUGUUGGGAGCCGAUCGUAAACUACAUCGAAAAAAAAUAUUUGGAUUAUUUUUCGGAAGAAACUAAAAUUGAGCGUGCAGCAACAAUCCCUGAUAAGCGUGUGCAUCUUUGUCUAUAUUUCAUCAGCCCAACCGGACAUGGAUUAAAACAACUCGAUGUUGAAAUGAUGAAGAAACUUCAUGAUCGUGUCAAUGUCAUUCCAGUUAUUGCGAAAGCUGAUACGUUGACAGCAAGCGAGCUGUCGCAUUUUAAAAAUCAAAUAACAAAAGAGAUUGAAGAGAAUGGUAUCAAAUUGUAUAAAUUUCCGGAUACCGAAGAUGAGGAUGAGAAAAGACAGUUCGGACCUCUUCGUGAUCGGUUUCCAUUUGCUAUUGUUGGCAGUAAUCAGGUUCGCGAAACCAAUGGACGUCGAUGUCGCGUGAGAGAUUACAGUUGGGGUACGGUUGAGGUUGAAAAUCUGCAACACAACGACUUCAUCGCUUUGCGUGACACCGUCAUAAGGAUGAAUUUGAUAGAUUUGAUCGCAGUAACCCGUAGUGUGCAUUAUGAAAAUUUUCGCUACCGGCAGUUGAACAAAGGACCGAAGAAUGCGAUAGACAGAGAUCCUUUUACUCAGUUGGAACAUGAGAAACAGAUCAAGGAAAAGGAGCUUGAGGAACGAAAACGCAGCAUGGAAAAAGUUUUCGAAGAGAAAGUGAUGGAACGCGAAGAAAAGUUAGUUGCGCGACAGUCGGAGCUUGACGAGAAAGAGAAAGAAAAUCGUCGGAUAUUGCAAGAGCGCCGCCUUAACUUAGAACAGCUGAUGGGAGAAGUAGUUGAACUACGUCGAAAUAAUGGGACCGUUUCACGACAAGACUCAAGAAGCUCGCCGUCCGAAAAAUCGUCUCGUAUGAAAAAGGGACUCGGUGGGAUUUUCAAAAACUGA